CCGGCGCCGAUGUUGUUGUAGUUCCGGAAGCGGGCGCUGAUCUUGAGCCGGACCGCGAGCGACCGUGCCGUGCCCUGGCUGUGGUGUCCCGCUGCCCUCCGACCAUGUUGCACAGCCCUCGCCGUUUGAUCCAGUGGAAGAAGUGCCCCCCAGGAUUAGUGCCUGUGUGCCGGCGGCGUCGGGCUGCUUCUAUUCCAUCUCGUUGAUGCUGCUGCUGCUGCUGCUGCUGCCGCUGCUCCUCCUCCUCCUGCUCCUCCUCUCCUCCUCCUCCUGUUGCUUUGGCCAGUGCUGUCCUGCUGUUUGCUUGUGCUCGUGUCUGACUGAACCUUUAGAAUAGCCCGAGACAAGGAGUGAAUCGACCGACGAGACGACGACCUUACACUGGUCGUAGUAAAUCCGAGGGAGAUCGUCGCCCCCACUUCCAGAGGUCGCCAAGGUCGAGAAUCGAAAUUUGACUCGAGGAGACGAGACCUAGAAAUACUCGAUCUUUUCGGGACGGUGGAAGUGAAGACGGGGGGAUCAGGUACAGACGGUGGACAGGGUGUGUGUGCAGUUUUCCAUCAAGGAAUCCCGUAUCAAGGUGUAGCAUUGAGUGAAGUUUGUUCUUAGCUUUCCGCUGUCGUUGCUCUGUACACAGGCAGCUCCUCUGUCGUCUCCGCUUCCGCACGUAGCCAGGCACUACUGCUAAGAGCCAAGGGGGCGGGAAAGCACGAUGUCGGACGGAGGGGAAACCGAUAAGAACAUAGAAAUAUGGAAGAUAAAGAAACUUAUCAAAGCUUUGGAAUCAGCCCGAGGAAACGGCACAUCCAUGAUCUCUCUCAUUAUGCCUCCACGUGAUCAAAUCUCUCGUGUCACGAAGAUGCUCGGAGACGAAUUCGGAACUGCGUCGAACAUCAAGAGUCGUGUGAAUCGGCAGUCUGUUCUUGGAGCCAUCACUUCCGCCCAACAGAGGCUGAAGCUUUACAACAAGGUUCCUCCGAAUGGAUUGGUGCUGUACACGGGUACUAUAGUGACGGACGACGGAAAAGAGAAGAAGGUGACGAUAGACUUCGAACCUUUCAAACCUAUCAACGCAUCUCUGUAUUUGUGUGACAAUAAGUUUCAUACGGAGGCUCUGAAUGAGUUGUUGGAGUCCGACGACAAGUUCGGAUUUAUUGUCAUGGACGGUAACGGAACCCUUUUUGGUACUCUGAGUGGGAAUACGCGUGAAGUUCUUCACAAGUUUACUGUGGACUUGCCGAAGAAGCACGGUCGUGGAGGUCAGUCAGCUCUUCGUUUUGCACGGCUGCGAAUGGAAAAGAGGCACAAUUACGUCAGGAAAACCGCGGAACUUGCAACCCAGUUUUUCGUGAAUCCAGCAACUAGUCAGCCGAACGUCGCUGGCCUUAUCUUGGCCGGUUCUGCUGAUUUCAAGACCGAGUUGAGUCAGUCUGACAUGUUCGAUCCACGACUGCAAGCGAAAGUGCUGAAUGUUGUAGAUGUUUCUUAUGGAGGGGAGAACGGUUUCAGUCAAGCCAUCGAACUGUCGGCGGAGAUUCUGUCGAAUGUGAAAUUUAUUCAGGAGAAGCGGUUGAUAGGGAAGUAUUUUGAGGAAAUCAGUCAAGAUACUGGAAAGUACGUCUUUGGAAUCGAAGAUACUCUGAAGGCGCUAGAAAUGGGAGCAGUCGAGACUUUGAUUGUGUGGGAGAGCUUAGAGGUGAACCGAUACACUUUGAAAAAUACGACAACCGCGGAGAUUGUGAUUAAGCAUUUGAACAAGGACCAGGAAGCGGAUCAAAGCAACUUCAGGGAUCAGGAGACACAAGCCGAGCUAGAAGUCCAAGAGAAGACUUCUCUACUUGAGUGGUUUGCGAACGAAUACAAGAGGUUUGGUUGCACACUGGAGUUUGUGACCAACAAGUCGCAGGAAGGUUCACAGUUUUGUAGAGGAUUUGGAGGAAUAGGAGGCAUUCUGCGCUACCAACUCGAUAUGCGCACCUUUGAUGAGCUGUCAGACGACGAUGGAGCCUACGACGAUUCUGACUAAAGUUGGAGCCAACGUUUCCAGUUGGACGUGCUUUUAUUUAAUCCUUGCUCGAGCCUCUCGAGCUGUAUUGGCGAGACACUCAAGGAGGGUGGCCGUCGUCUCCAACAUGCAAGCUGGAUUCCUACCGAAUGUUUCAUGUCUUAGCUGCAGUAAGUGGACACUGUGGGUAGUGCCAUGUUCUGAAAUGUCUUUGACCACACUGGGUGUACUAGAGUCUUCGAACUACCUUAUAAUGAUAUGGUUCUUUAGGUCUUGGCUCCUUGGUCCAGAGUGAUCAGCUCUUCGGACAGAGCUUUUGUUCCUCUGUAGAGUGAGAAUUCUAGAUAGGGUUCGAAUCGGGAUUUUACUAAAACCCUCCAGUGGGUGUUCCUUUGAUAUGUCUAUUUCUUUGCCCAUCGCAGUCUGAGUUUGCAUGAGUCAAACGUUUGAAGACGAGUGCACUUUGUCUUGAGUAAACGAUCCCAACAUUUCUUGUACGGGUAAUUGAGCCAGAUAUUCAAGUUACCGUGUCCUCUGGAUAUCAUUCCAUAUUUGUCUCCUUAAACCGUUAGCAUCAGUGGCAAAUGUAUGUUGUACGAGUGUG